UGUGGAGGAAAAAACAUCUCGACCAGGGGAGAGAGACGGGAUAUUUACGGGACAUGGGUACUUCGGAGCUGUCUUUACGUUGCGCGUAAAGCAGACGGUGGGGGUGUAGCAGGGGAGGGGACGCAGUGAUAUCAUGAGCACAUCCGGCCUCGGGGAGAGAGCCACGGAAGGACGAGGGGACCUGAGGAUGCCAGUUUGUGGAGUAAACCGCAUAUUUGACCUCUUUUGUCGCAUAAACGGAAGGUACAUUUUGGUUGCUGUUUGCUAAACAGCUCUACCCCUCAUUUUCUAUUUCCUGAUGCGAGGCCAGGGAGGGGGUGAGCCAAAGAAGUGUGCACCGGAUAUUGGAAAACCCAUUCUUCUGGUUGAUACUGUUGUUAUUAUAGAUUAUAAUCUGGACUACGCGUCGCCGGUACACAAUUUGAACACAUGAAGAAGAAUGAAAGGUAAAUGUUAAAUAUAAUAUGCGUGUUUGUUGUAAGGGUGAAGAAACGAAGGGGGUCCCUGACAUCGACCAGGCCAUUCUGAUUUGGGAUAUUUGAGACUGCUUUUACAGAAAUCAAUGUGUGGUAAAUGUAGCCUUCCUGUCCAUCCUGGAAUAACAUCUCGGACUUGCUCCAUUGAAAGGACGCUCAAACGACACCCGUUCUUUAAUAUGGACACCUCUAUGCUUGCAGUUUUUUUGUGAGGAUGCUACUUUCUGGAUUGGACUAAGACACACCUCAACUGCAUGACAAGCAAGUGCAAGGGAGUAGCCUGCAGGGCCCGGCUUCCCAUCACGACCAGCUCCUCUCCACGCCGCCUGUGAUCGCCUGUGAUGUGCGUUACGGCGUUACGCACGCAGCACGACUCAUUCCUAUAGUUUGAUCUUGCCUUAUAAAUAUAUCACGGUGACGGACGUAAAAGGUUGGUGGAGAAGAAUGAGCAGUAAGGAGCUCACGGUGGGUCAGUCCAGUCAGUACGUGGGGCCCUACCGGUUGGAGAAGACCCUUGGAAAGGGACAGACAGGGCUGGUAAAACUGGGGGUCCACUGUAUAACGGGACAGAAGGUGGCCAUAAAGAUUGUGAACCGAGAAAAGCUCUCAGAAUCGGUCUUGAUGAAGGUGGAGAGAGAAAUAGCUAUUCUUAAACUAAUCGAACACCCUCACGUCCUCAAGCUGCAUGAUGUGUAUGAGAAUAACAAAUAUCUGUACUUGGUGCUGGAGCAUGUGUCUGGGGGAGAGUUAUUCGACUACCUAGUGAAGAAGGGUAGACUGACACCCAAGGAGGCUCGGAAGUUCUUCAGACAAAUCAUUUCGGCCCUCGACUUCUGCCACAGUCAUUCUAUAUGUCAUAGAGACCUGAAGCCAGAGAACCUCCUCCUGGAUGAGAAGAAUAACAUCAGGAUAGCAGAUUUUGGCAUGGCCUCAUUGCAAGUGGGCGACAGUUUGCUAGAAACAAGCUGUGGAUCUCCACAUUAUGCCUGUCCAGAAGUCAUACGGGGAGAGAAGUAUGAUGGCCGGCGAGCUGAUGUCUGGAGCUGUGGAGUCAUCCUUUUUGCUCUUCUUGUGGGUGCCUUGCCGUUUGACCAUGACAAUUUGCGGCAGCUUCUAGAGAAGGUGAAGAGCGGAGUGUUUCACAUGCCACACUUUAUACCACCAGACUGUCAGUCACUGCUCAAAGGAAUGAUAGAAGUCAACCCGGACAAGAGGCUCACGCUUGAAGCAAUACAAAAACAUGCCUGGUAUAUGAGUGGACGACAUGAGCCGUGCCCAGAACAGCCCCCUCCUCGCCGCGUGUGUGUAAAGAGAGUGGUUUCCGUCAGUGACCUGGACCCGGAUGUCCUGGAAAGCAUGUACUCAUUAGGCUGUUUCAGAGACCAGGCCAAGCUCAAGCAGGACCUUACAAGUGAGGAAGAGAACCAAGAGAAAAUGAUUUACUACCUCCUACUGGACAGAAAAGAACGUUACCCUAGCUAUGAGGAUGAAGAUCUGCCCCCCAGGAAUGACCUUGAUCCGCCCAGAAAACGUGUUGACUCGCCCAUGUUGACGCAUAUCGGUCGCUGUCGCCCUGAGAGGAAGAGUCUAGAGGUGCUCAGUGUGACAGAACAGUCACCCACUCCCCCCCGAAGGGCUCUGGACACCAACGCACACAGCCAGAGAUCUCGUUCAGUGAGUGGAGCAUCCACGGGGCUGUCGUCCAGUCCCCUCAGCAGUCCCAGGGUAACGCCACAGGGCUCUCCUCUGCCCACCCCCCUGGGCACGCCUGUACACCAGCUGCAACCCAGUACCCCUUCCUCCUCCUCCUCCUCUUCCUCCUCCAGGGCAGAUGGAGGGGGUGGGGCAACCUUGACACUCACUCCGCCCUCUAGCCCUGGUGGGAGUAUGGGUGCCUCAGGCUCUGCCCACUGGAGGACACGACUCAACUCCUUUAAAAACAAUCUGCUGGGUUCACCACGCUUCCAUCGGCGCAAACUGCAAGUUCCCACGUCUGAGGACAUGUCAAGCCUGACUCCAGAGUCCAGCCCAGAGUUGGCCAAAAAGUCCUGGUUUGGCAACUUCAUCAGUCUGGAGAAAGAAGAGCAGAUCUUUGUGUUGAUUCGGGACAAACCUCUGAGCUCCAUCAAAGCAGAUAUCAUCCAUGCCUUCCUCUCAAUCCAGUCUUUGAGCCACAGCGUCGUAUCCCAGAACAGUUUCAGAGCUGAGUACAAGUCGUCCGGAGGGCCCUCUGUCUUCCAGAAACCUGUUAAGUUUCAAGUGGACAUAGCAUACUCAGAGGGAGAUAGGGAGAGAGAGAGGGAACGAGCCGAGAGAGAGGGCAGAAGAGAGCUGGGAAUCUACAGUGUCACCUUCACUUUAAUAGCAGGUCCUAGUCGCAGAUUCAAGAGAGUGGUGGAAAGCAUCCAGGCUCAGCUUCUCAGUUCUCACGACCAGCCCUCUGUGCAGGCCUUAGCUGAUGAAAAGAAUGGGCAACUUUGUCGCCAGCCCAGUACUCCGUCGAGACAGAAUUCCCGGCGUUCUGAAGGUGGAUCAGAUCGAGGAGAGCGGGAACGUGCUGAUAGUGGCAGUGGAAGCAGCACUGGGAGCAUUUUACAAAGACGUGGAUCAAGUAAAGACAAGACCAGACUCCUAUCCUCUACAAAUGGGACACAAGCUCAUCCCUAAAGAAUGUUCUGGAGGACCAUCACGAGGUUACCCCACCCUGUCUUUUUUCUUCUUUGCGCUGUCCUGUCCAUAUGUCCAUAUUCCUCAGUCAUUCCUUCCAACUAGCUUCUUCGGAUCAAACUUCAGCAAUGGUGUGGAGAAGGCUGUCCUCCUCACUUGUCAUUCUUAAAACCUCAACACUCCCAAAGUAAGAAAAAGGAGGCAAUAUGAAAGCUGAUGACAUACUUAACCAAAUACAGUCCUUGAUUUUACUCUGUAAAUGUACCAUCUUUCCAAAUGGUAAUUUAACAAACCUCUAAUGGAUUUAUGCAGGAAUUAAACCACUUCCUGAGCUGAUCCUGUAUAACAAACUACAGCUUGCUGAUU